UACCUGACUACCUGGGGGCCAUGACCCUCUCACCUGCACAAAGGGGAAUUUUCACUGCUUCCAAUUAAGAUGGGGAGGGAGGGCCGCGCGCCGCAGGGACUGUGAGUAGCGCCGCUGCCUCUUGCGCAUGUCGGAGGGAAUAGGUUGAUGGCCGCUGCACCACAGCUAGCUGUGCCGGCGGGAGCAGCUCAGGGAAAACGGUUGCCUCGGCGUUGGGGCUUGCCGUGCGGCUCCGACAGGAGCAGCUUCAGGGCCGACGGUCGGCGGCACGCUGGAGGUCGCCUCCGGACCGGGGCUUGCCGCGCGGCACCGACCAGAUCAUCUUCAGGGCCGGCGGUCACCAACGCACUGGGGCUCGCCAUGUCGCGUCGCCGGAUGUCCGCGACCUGUCGGAAGGGCGCGAUUGCCGCCGCUCCCGUGGACAGCCCGUGGCGGGAUUUCCAGAUCUACAACAAUUCCGGUCUCAUCUGCUCUGUUUUCCUCUCUUAUACUGUAUUCCUCUGUUCUCGUCAGGUACUUUUUUCUUUUAUUCGAAACUUGCAGCUACAUCGUACAGCACAAUCAGGCAUCAACCUUUGAAUGCACAUAUCAAUUGUACGAUGAUAAGCCACAUGGUUGGAUGAACUACAAGAAUAUAUGCAUGCCCAUGGCAUGUAGUUUUAAACAUUCAGCCCUCAAUCCCGCUUUAGCCUGAAUCAGCUCUGCCUUUCAACACUUUUUCCCAAGUACAUCAAAUGCAGGGACCAUGUCAUCAUAUAGUGCCUUGUGGCCUGCAGCAAGAAUAGCCAGUUGGCCAUCUUCAUCUGGCUUCUUGUUCCCUCAAACCGGAGCUUCAGCAAAAGCUCCGCCCUUUUGUUUAACUGCCUCUUCUCUCUCUCGUCCCCUCAUCCCUGACAGAGGCAAACGCACUCACACCUGCCGCUAGCGAUACACACUUGUGCUCCUCCGGUGGGCAGCCGCAGGCUUCAGGAAAAAUUGUUGAUAGCCUGCUAGAGUGAAAGGUAAACAGGAAUAUGGAUUUAACCCCCAAAAAUAGUCUUCAAAGCUUUGAUCAGGAAGUGGCACUGGAUAUGAGACCUUCACCCUAUGCUCCCCAGUUAAAUUUUCUCUUUCAGUUAUAGUAAAUGUAGUUAUCAGACAAUUGUUUAAUGCCAUGUGCCUAUGCAUUUAGUCUUUUUUCUGUCUAGUUUUUAGUUAUGAGGCUUCAUUCCAUUGUGAUCUUUGCAUACCCAGCCUUGCUUUGGAUUUCAUAACAUGCUUCCCAUACCAAAAUUUAUUGAGUUAUCUCGUCAGAUUUGGGCUCACAUAAAAGCUGAUACAUAAUUCUUGUAUGCAGCAAAUGGUAUUACUUUAUAUUAUGGUUCACCUUUUACUCAUCCUUAGAAAAAUUGUAUGCAGGAAAGGUCGAAGUCAGGAUAAGGAAGAAGCCAGUUCCUUGUUGCGUCGAGGACGACCUGUGAGAAGGAUAUGCAAUGGCAUCAAGAGAAGAUACCAUCUUGGCACACCAGAAUCGACAAACUACUCAGCAAGAAUCUGGAAUUGAUACAUCAAGUUAUCUGAAUGGGGCUCCAACUUUAUCCUCAGGGCGAGACAACACUCAAGCACGAAGGGCCACUACAUUUGUAGCUAGCAUGGGUACAGUAUUGUUGAGAAGUAUAUACUUUUUUGAUACAGUGACAAGAGGCUCCGUAUCAUCGUCAAGGGACGAUACCAUCAUUGCGUACAAGAAUCAGCAGAGCAGACAACCAACAUCAGCAAAUGACAUGACAAAUACUGUACAACAAAGUAACGCUACGGAAAGCCCCACAGACCAGUCCAAUUGGCCGUCGCACGCACGCCGACAUCGUACAGAAGCGGAUAUAGAAAGUGGUGGUCAAAAGAAGAAGGGGCGAGGUGUCCUCAAAGGAAUCAAGGUCGCCAAGAAGCGAUUCGCCAAUGGUUCCUCAAAGCUUCACAUUGAAUUUUCCAAAACAUUGGGAGGUUCUAUCGGAGAGAACUAUCGUUUGUUUGUGGAUGACGUGGUGGUUUACAUGAAAAGGAAGGCACCACUCAUUGGUGUGAACAAGUGGUCUGCCAUUGAUUCUUCUAUGAAGGAUUCAAUCGUUGCUGAUGUCAUGGCUAAGUGGGAUUUGGAGGACACAUAUUCUACGAAGGGAAAAAUACUAACAAUUGCUAGAGAGCGCUAUAGAGGAUGGCGGUCAACUUUGCAUUCAACAUACAAAGCAUACAGUACUGAUGCUCAAAGAAGGGCCAAUAAACCCGAGGAUGUAACUCCAGAGGAGUGGGAUUAUAUGAUCAAUUAUUUUGGCACUGAUUUAAAAUUCCAGGAGCUUAGCCGAAAAAAUACGGAAAAUCGCCAGAAGCAAAAGGCGAGGCAUAUAGCUGGUUCAAAAUCGUACUCGCAGAUUAGCUAUGAGAAGAGGGACUAGGAGACUGGGAAGGAACCAACUAUUCUACAACUUUGGCAGAUCACUCAUACACGAAAUGGAUCGUGGUCUAAUGAAGAAUCACAGACUGUUUAUGACAAUGCACGCAUCCAGAUUAGGGAGAAAGAAGGAGAGAUUGGUGGUCCAAUUUCAAGUGAAGAGCAAAACAAUAUUUUCCAGAAUAGCUACAGAUCUACUAUGGAAAGUACAUCAUUGAAGCCUCGUGGCCGAGGAUACAUGGCUAAGCCGCCUAGCGGUUCUGAAAGACUACAUUCUGAAAUCCAGAGGCAAAAUGCUGAGCUAACCCUCGAGGUUCAUGACUUAAGGAGGCAAAUUGUUGAACAACAGGCAGAGAGGCAAAGAGAACGAGAAGAAGAGCGAGUUGCCAGGGAAAAACAGCUUGAGGAGGAACGUGUAGCAAGGCAGAGAGAACUUGAGGAGGCUAAGCAAGCAAUGAUGCAUGAUAUUAUGAAUGAGGUUAGGCAAUCAAUGAGGUCGGAUGUUGAGCAGAUAUUGGGAACUCGACAGGAAGACGCACAUCAGUUUUCCCAAGCAAGGGACGCUCCAAGAAACGGAACUGGAAAUCGGUCAAGUUCUCUGUUUAAAAAUUCGACCAUGAUUACUCAACACCAGCUUAUGCAAGCAGCUAAACACCAUCGUCGUCCUCCAAGUGAAAAGGAUGGUUUUCUCUAAAUGAAGAAGAAAGAUCCCAACAAGAUUUAUUACCAGUUUAGGAGGCACCUUGUAGGACGAUUUUUCUACAUGAAGUGAAGAAAAGUGAUUUCUUGAAGAAUGCUUGUUGACUAGAUGAAGUCAUAUGUAUCUUGUUUGUUUGAACAUUUAGAUUUCCUUUCAGACUUUGUAGAACAUGUAUCUGACUUGGAUGUUUUAUUCUUGAACUUGUUAAUGAAUGAAUGAAUGCUUUGGACAUGUACUCAUGAUUUUCUUCUACCAUUAUCAACAUGUGAGCAUUGUUCUGUACUUGUAGAUGGUGCUUGGAUAAUGCAUUAU